GGGCCCUCGCGGAGGGUGAGGUCAGGCCUGCGUGAGGACCCGGGUCGUCGCCCGCUGUCUCCCGCAGUCGCGAUGAGGACGCCGGCCCCGCUCCUCUGUGCGCUGUCCCUGGCGCUCAGGGCCACGGUCACCGCCACAGCAGGUGCAUGUAAGGAUCUUAUAUCACAAAAUAAGAUCGUUAGAGUCGGUCAACCUUUUGCUUGGAACUGCACUUACUUUCCUCUGACAUAUGGGGACGUGCAUGUGACCUGGUACAGAGCAUCCAGCGGCACCCCGCUGCCCAGGAACAUCAGUAAGAGAAUUCACCAGGAGCACACCUGGAUGUUGAUUCUUCCCCUGACAGACAGGGACUCCGGGAUGUACCAGUGUGUUAUCACGCACAGCAGGAGCUGCCACAUAAUACACGUCAACCUCACCGUUAAAAAGAUAUACCCGUGUGUUGGCUCCAGAAACAGAUCACUAAAUUUUUUAUAUGACUAUGACCAAAUAUUACACCUUGGGAACUCAGAGAGCCUGAACUGUCACAUGCACUUCCCAGACAGUUGCCGUGUGCAGUCCAUAAGGUGGUACAAGGACUGUGAAGAGAUUCCUAGCGAGCAACAGAAGUUUAUUCCUUGGGAAACAAAGCUUUUUGUGCACAAUGUGUCUGCGGAGGAUGGGGGCAAAUACACAUGCACAGCCAGGCUGGUGCACCCGGGGAAUCCUGGGAAGCGGUACGUGCUCGUGCAGAGCAUCCGUGUGGACAUCUUGGAGAGUGGGAGACCAGGAGGAAAAAUCCCUAAGAUCAUUUAUCCCCGGAAUAACUCCAUUGAAGUACGACCUGGCUCCACCCUCAUUGUGGACUGUAACAUAACAGACACCAAGGAGAACACGAACCUGCGCUGCUGGACGGUCAACAACACCAUGGUGGACAAUUACUACAGUGACUCCAAACGCGUCCAGGAGGGAAUCGAAACCAACAUUUCUUUUCAAGACCAUAUUUUUUACACAGUCAAUAUCACCUUCCGAGAAGUGAAGAUGGAGGACUACGGCCUUCCUUUCAUAUGCCAUGCCGGAGUGUCUGCUGCCUACAUCAUGCUGAGGCUCCCAGCUCCAGAUGUCCAGGCGUACCUGAUAGGAGUGUUUGUCGCUUUGACGGUCGUGGUCACUUUGGUUCUGGUCAUCUACAGCAGCUUUAAGGUGGACAUCGUACUGUGGUAUCGAAGUGCCUUCCACUCCAAGGAGACCAAAGAAGAUGGGAAGCUGUAUGACGCCUACGUCCUGUACCCCAGGCCUGAGGAGGGCAGCCCCUGCCACCGCAUGGACAGGCUGGUGCUGAAGCUCCUGCCCGAGGUGCUGGAGAGGCAGUGCGGAUACAAGCUGUUCAUACUCGGCAGGGAUGGAUUCCCCGGACAAGCUGUGGCCAGUGUCAUCGAUGAGAACGUCAGGCUGUGCAGGCGGCUGAUCUUUGUUCUGGACCCCGAGCCGGGCUCCUCCAGCGCCGCCCUGCUGCAGAGCCUGUCCGAAGAGCAGAUUGCGGUCUACAGCGCCCUCAUCCGGGAUGGGAUGGAGGUGAUCCUCAUCGAGCUGGAGACGGUAGCGGACUACGGCGCGCUGCCCCAGUCCAUCCAGUACAUCCGGCAGAAGCAUGGCGCCGUGCGGUGGCGCGAGGAUGCCAUGGCGCAGUCGCCGAGUGCCAAGACCAGGUUUUGGAAGGAAGUAAGGUACCGCAUGCCCCCCAGGAGGUACCCGCCAGCUUCGCAGAGCCAGUCGCAGCGGUACACGCCCAGCACCUGCGCGGCAGGCAAGUGGCAACCCACAGCGGGCUCGCUCACCCACUGACCCUGCACGACCUUGGCUGGGGCUUCCCUGCCCGUCCAUAUGGCAGCGAGGACGAGGCCGCUUCCCCGGAGCCAGCCCUCUUGUGCUGUGUGAAGGCUUGUGUUUGUCGCUGUCACCUGUUCUGCUCAGCACCACUGCUUCUUAGAGACCGAUAGCAGCUCUCUAGAGGCCCCGUGAGCCCUCGCGGAUGCUGGGAUGUUCAGUGAAGGGUCGGGGGACAGCAACUGAGGGCUGCAGAAAGGACGUCCCGGUGUCCACUGGCUCAGCCUCUGCUGUCCAAGAUGGGGGCCUGGGCGUCCAGGGGCCAGGAGGACCGCGUGUGGCAUGGGGAGGCUGCCAGCGAAGGCUGCACUGCGCUCGGGGCUCCAGUCCUCACUCAGUGUCUACUGUGCUUGAAUCUCCUCCUUUCUCCAGGGCCAGGGAGUGGCUGUAGUCAGCAUGGUGUCCCUGGAAGGCACUCCAAUGUCACCUCUAGGGACCAAAGUGACCCACCGUGGUGUCACUGCCCUUGCAUGGUGGCCUUGCACUCCAUGGGCCAUGAAGGAUCCUGCUAGGCCACAACAAGCAUGAACUUUUCCACCUCUCCUUUUGGUACUUGUGUCCACCGAAUCAAGCGGUGAGUGUUGCUCACACCGGGGUGGCCUCUGCAAAAGUGGAGGGGUGUGAGUGUCCCCGACUCGUGAGUGCACGUGCAUCGCAGGUCCAGCCCUGAUGUAGCAGCUCGUCAGGCUUAGUGCUUUGUUAGCUGUCGGCCCUUAGCCAGGGCGAGCUCUUGAAGGGCCCUUCUGAUCCGUGCCGGGCCAUUUCCUUGCUGCCCCUCCCGCGUGGGCAUCUUGGUAUUUUUAGUGCACCUGCAUUGUGACCAUGACUGGGUCAGGAGUGAGAUUUUCUGCUGCUGGUUUAUCUGCGCUCAGAGAGCAUCUGAUCUGGGGGCGCUUCAGCCUUUCAAGCUGGGGAUGCUUGAUGUCUUCUGGGGUCUUUCGCAUUUUGAGUUUCACAUGAAGGACAAUGUGGGGAGUCCCAGAGGGAGGGAGGAAGGAGGCAAGGGCCUGACGCCCAUGGACAGCUGCUGCCUGUGAGAAGGCGGGGGAAGGCUGGGGGCGGGGAGGACACAGUGUGCCCCGACCUGACGCCGCCUUUUGUGACUCUGCGGAUGCACACGGGGUGCAAGGCAGAUGUAUUUGGGAGCAUUGUUCAAAGGGAUGUGUGUACGGGUUCUGAGAAGAUCAUGGGUCCUUCUACAGGGCAUGCAGUAUCUGUUCCUUUAUCCACAAAACCAAAAACCACCUGGAAGUUGAGGGAGGAGCCCCGGCAGGAAGAGGACCCCUGGCCUCUGCGCCUGGCUGCUGGCUCCUUUCUCCUUUUCCCUGCUUGCUUUGUUCAAGCAGCAUGGGGGAUUAGUAGAGGCCCACAGGCUCUUCCGAUAGCCCGGCCUACAAGGACCCUGUCAUCCAACUGCAUGCAGAGAAGGCCCAGCUUCUCCCGGUUCCCAAGACAGUUGGACCUCCUCCAGAACACUGGACCCCAGCACAGGGCUGGCCCGACACCCUGAGCUGAGGUCUGCAGAGGGGGUGACCAAGGCAACCUGGACACAGCAGCAGGGCUGAGAGGUGCUUCUGGCCGUCCCCACCCAGGCUCUACUGCUGCCCCACCUUCCCCAAGGCUUUCAGUCGAGGCAGGAGCGCUGGCUAGGCUGCUUUGAUGUGAGUCUGGGCCCAGGCUUGUGGCCUCUGUCUGUUGUCACAGCCCAGCGCCCAAAGGGUGGUCCACCUCUGUCCCCAGCCGCAGCACUUGUUCGCCAUCCAGCCUAGGGGAGGGCAGCUCCCAAAUUGUCCCCUAACUUCCUCUACCCACCCUUGUCCUUCUAAGCUGAAGGGAAGAGUCCCGCAAUGUCCUCCCAUCAGGAGGGGACGUGAUAACACAGGCCCAAGCUAUGGGCCUUUCUUAAAGCUAUUUCCAUUUUCGGUUUCCCUUUUAGCAAAUUCCUCCUCCCUCUGGGGACAGACAGAAGACUGUGUGUGAUUUCUGCCUAGAUCCCUCUCCCCCACUCCUGGCCAGUUGUCUUUUAAAAACGAAGCACUCACAGAAGAACCUCAAUGUAACUGCCCUGCGUGCACAGCCAGUGGCCCCAUCUGAGUUGGGUGGAGGAGCUGGGCUGUGGGAAAGAGCUGUAGCCAGGCAGGGUGGGCGGGCUGGCCAGGGCAGUGAGCUCUACCGAGCGGGGGCUGAAAUUCCUCCCCUGUCCAGCUCUCCGCCACCCGUGUCCCCUGCAGCAGUGACUCUGGUGCUUUCAAAGGCAUUACAUAGAGUGACUUUUUCAUAGUGCCUGGGAGAUCGCCACUUGAGGGAAAUCAGCCUACGAUGAACGUAAAGACCAUGCUUGGGUAUCCGGGUCACCUGUGGGGAUGGUCUGAGUAGAUGUGGAGCCCUGGGGACAAUGGCUUGUCCUGGGCACUGUUACUUCUCUGUGUCAGUCCCCAGGUGUGUUUGUCUGAGCUCAGUGUCAAGUUCAGGACCUUCAGACCCUGCAGGAGAGCACCCCAGGUAUAGGUCCCAAACCCACAGAUGAGGUGAGACUGCACGCACUGUCUCCAUGUGUCCUGCAGGGGGUGCCCUGGGCUUGCCCAACUAGUCCAAAGGACAUUUAAGCUGCACAGCUUUGGACAAUGAGCUUUGGCUCCCCGGCUCUGCCCUCCUCCUUGCCCUAGAAGUCUUAGAAGACAUGAGUUGGGUGGGAAGUGUUCUGUAGACUUUUCUAGAGAUGUACUGUUAAGGGAGGAAGAGUGUCACGUGACUCUUUGUCCGAGCAGCCACCCUUAGGUCAGGCAUGUCCAGGGAGUGAAGCUGCAGACAUCAUGAACACACAGGAGCCCAGCCCGCUCCCCACCCCCAGUGCUGAGCCCCCUUCCUUCUGGCUUAAAGUUCCUGUUGUGGUGCUACGGCUCGAUUGCAUCACUUUUCAGUUGGCUUGAGGAUUUGGCCUCACUCUGGGCUGUCAGAUGCAUCUCUGGAUUGCAGGAAAACUCACUCAGCACCACACUUGCUGUAGGGCUCUCGGCUUCUUCUCCAUGGGAGCUGCUUGGUGAGGCUCAAAGCUGUUCAUGCCGGGAGCUUCCUCAGUGUGAUCAGUGGGACAUUAAGGGGUGGCCCUGAGGAAGUUCUGUCUGUCCCCAGGGUGCUGCUCUGGGAUAGGAUUGAGGUAGAGCUUGCAGCUCCGGAGCUUGCCAAGAGAGAGGUCUACUAGAACAAGCCAGACUCUGGCAUUGCUCUCGGGCUGCUGGGUUCUGUGAUAGCUGCUUGUCCCCCUUCUGUGCCAUUGUUUCCAAGGAGCAGCUCGCAGAAGCAGAGCCGAGACUGCCGCCACACCCCUGAAUCUGCAGAAGCUCGGGGAAACCUCCUCUUUGUAAAGUUACCCAGUCUCAGGCGUUUCAUUACAGCAAUGGAAGGCAGGCAAAUGCAAUAUUUGAUGUAAA